AUAUCUUCGCGUUAACUAAACAGCGUGACCUGCGUUAUGGGUCCCAAUGACAGACAUUUGGGUUUUUGACCAUGGUGGAAAAUUAGAUUCACAUUGCGGUCUUUUAUUUAAAAAGACAGUGAAAUAAACGAGGGUGAGGACGUCUGUGAAGAUGCCAGCCGGUGUGUCUUGGCCUCGUUACCUGAGGAUGUUAGGUGCCAGUAUGCUGGCCAUGUUUGCAGGAGCACAGGUCGUCCACCAGUACUACCUACCUGAUCUGAGUAUACCAGAGGUCCCGCCAAAGCCCGGGCAGCUUAAGACAGAAUUGCGGGGCUACAAAGUCCGAGAAGAAGCGACUGCUGUGUUACAGCAGCUUAAAGCAGAACAAAAGGUGGACUGACCCUGGGAUUAUACGUCCUCUUGUGCGAUGGACACUCUAGCGUUAUGUCCAAUGUUUUUUUUGCCAACAGCUAGAUGCGCCUGAGAGUAUAAUGUCACUUUUGGAACAUCUGCAGAUGGAUAUUUUCUGUGUUUAGUGUUUUUUCUUUCAAUGGAACAAACAUGAGAGGAGUGAAAUGCGACAAGGAUCCUAUUGGACUCAAGAUCAUUUGGUUUAUUCGACCGUUGGCCUCCGUCUGUUGUUAAUUUAUUUAUAUUCUAUUCAAAAGUGUAUCUUUGAUUGUUUAUCUUUUAUCGGAAAUAAAGAUAUCGCAUCAAAAAUGUAA